AUGGGCUUCUGUCUCCACCACUCUUGGAGUUGCAGUCUCCACUAUCUCCUUCCUUCCCGGUGUUGCAAUCCCCUCUGUCUCCUUCCCUCUCUGCCUCAGAAUCCCAUAGACAAUGCAGAUUUUAUUGUUCCUGUGGAAAUUGAUGGGACAACACAUCAGGUGUAUGUGUUAAAGCGGCCUUAUGUUGAUGAGUUUCUCCAGAGAAUGGGGGAAUUAUACGAGUGUGUUUUAUUUACAGCAAGUUUAUCAAAGUAUGCUGACCCUGUAGCAGAUCUUCUAGACAAAUGGGAGGUCUUCAGAACUCGCUUAUUCAGGGAAUCUUGUGUCUUUCAUCGGGGAAACUAUGUAAAAGAUUUAAGCCGACUGGGUCGUGCACUUGAACAAGUGGUCAUUGUGGACAACUCUCCAGCAUCAUACAUCUUCCAUCCACAGAAUGCUGUUCCUGUUACUUCGUGGUUUGAUGAUGAAGAUGACAGGGAGUUAUACGACCUCAUACCCUAUUUUGAGAACUUAGCAAAUUUAGAUAAUGUUUAUACUGCCUUACCCCCCUCUCGUUACCUGCUGGAUGUCAUUUGUAUCUUCCCACCUUAA